CCGCAGACAAAAUGGCGCCGGCCUCCCCGGAAGUGAGUAGCAGAGACAGCCCGAUGCAGGGUUCAUCCAGAGGAGAAACACUCUCCCAAAUAGCAGCAGAUGUGGCCACAAUCACAGCCAACAUGCUGUCCCGCGCAGAAAAGGCAGAGAUGCUGGCAGAAAUCAGAUCCGAAAUCAGGGAGGAAGUUAAGGAGGUGAGGAGGGAUCUGACUGCCCUAGAACGCAGGGUGGAGGCCCUGGAAGCCGAUCGAGCUCUUAAUGUGCAGCACCAACAAGCCACUGACACUGCCACCUCCAGACAGGGAAAUGUCCUUCUUGACCUAA